UGUUUGGUUACUGCUGGAGGCGCCGGAAGUAAACAACUUGAGUGCAAUCCCCGCCGCUGUCAGGUCGCAAGUGACUGCAGAGGAAAGUAAUUGGCCAGUGUGCGGCAGCCAGUCUCUCGCCUGAAGAGAAUGCGCCAUAUAAAAGGCUCUCAAUACUUACACUUGUCACUCGAACAUUUCUUUAAGGCGCCGUGGACGUACGCUCACCCACGACACAAUGGAAGUUCCGAAAUUAAUAAUAUUACUAUGCUGCACAUAUUACUGCGUAGCAUCGCACCACCAGUCCCACAUCAUUCCUGUAGAAGGCUACGAUACCGAACUGCAAGACCUUGGACAACAUGUAGAGAUACCUGAAACACCCGUGAAGGUGAUCAAAAUCACGAAAACCAUUGCUGUUAAAGUACCAGUGCCAUAUCCCGUGAAGGUACGAGAAAAGGUGCCUUAUCCUGUUCACGUGGCCAAACCUUACCCCGUGCCGGUCCCACAGAUAAUUAAGGUACCUCAUAUCGUUUCACCCAAAUCUGGACACCAGCACGAAGGUGGCGAUGAAGGCAAAGCUUACCAGGUCCAGGAAGAUUCGUGGUCGAACGGAGAAAACUCUUAUGCGCCUGAAGGACAUUCCUUCGAAGGGGCACACUCAAGACAGGGCCAAAAUUAUGGCGAAGAUUCUUACGGAGGCUCACCGAUAAGUCAUUAUGAUUCGCCAGCCAGCAGUUACUACGGACAUUCUGGCAAUUCAGACAGCAAUCUCGGGAAUGACUCUGAUGAGUCAAAGAGUUAUGAUCAAGCCAUAAAGGAAUACUUUAAUAAACAUCAGCCUAGCGGUGAUUCAGGCAGUUCCAACAGUUAUAACUACCACUGAGUAAAAUCUGUAGAUCCGUUGUCCUCUGUGUACCUGAGUCUAACUUAUAAUGCAUGUUAGACUGAAUUUAAGUUACCAAAACUUUAUGAAACAAAAACCGAUACCCAAUUGCUUUUUUGUUACUAGAUGUGUACUUAUGUAAUAUUGUUAAUUUUGUAUGUAAGUAAUGGUAAUUUAUUAAUAAAAGAUUGUUUAUAAAAUCUAUUUAUUUCCAACAUACACAUAAUUAUAUUUUUUUGAUUAUCACACCUUAACUAGAUACUCCAAAUAAACAUUUACUUAUUUCAAAUACAACUAAUAAAAGAUAUUCUCAAGAGACAUUUAAAAACGAAGUGCACCACUUCCACACUAUAAAUUUUGUAGUUUUUAUCUAUUACUUUCAUAGGUUACUUUUAGGUUUCCUUUUUUGCUUUUUGCAGAACUUUUGUUGUUUUUAUCAUUACAGAGUAUGGAGCUGAUUUAAAUUGGAAUAAAAUUAAUAACAGCAGUACAAUAAACGAAUAAUAUAAAAAACACAAAAAUGUAACAUUUAAAAUAAUUUGUAUAAUUUUGAAACUUAAGACUUAUAUAGGUACUUAAUUUUAUGCAUUAAACCUAACUUAUAUAAUAUGGGAACUAUUCAAGCAAUCACUAUAUCUACCUUUCGCCUGCGAUAGGUAAUUUUUUAUGGUCUUUGCCGAGACAUAUUAUAACGACGGUGGGUAUGUACUU